AUGUCGCAGAUGUUUGAGAAAGAGAAAGGGGGAAAGAGAAAAUGGUGGAUCCAUCCUUUCACCAACAAUCGUCUGGAUGAGGGAUCCUUCCAUCGUUUGGUGAAGGAACUAGAAGGGGAUUGUGAUGAGUUCCAUGGAUAUUUCAGAAUGUCGAAAGAUAUGUUCGAUUACGUUUUGGCGAAAAUUGAAGAUGUCAUCAAAAGACAAUUCCGCAAGUCCAUUUCACCUAGGGAGAGAUUGGCAGUUACAUUAAGAUAUCUGGCCACAGGGGAAUCUUUCACGUCUCUUUCCUACAACUAUAGAAUCGGAGCAACAACUAUUGGUCUCAUUGUGAAGGACGUCUGUGCUGCUAUCUGGCAGACAAUGCAGCCAGAGUUUAUGAAGGUGCCAUCAACAUCUGAUGAUUGGAGAGAAGUAGCCAAUGGGUUUGAGGAAUCUUGGCAGUUCCCAAAUUGCUGUGGAGCUGUCGAUGGAAAACAUGUAGUGAUGAAAGCCCCACCCAACUCGGGAUCAGUAUUUUACAAUUAA